AUGAGUGAGGUUUUGCUCAUGAAUAUAAAUAUAAAAUCAAACCUUAAGGAUAUCAGUUCAAAAGUUGUGUUUGUAACUAACAAACUAUCAGAUAAUAUGCGUGCUAUUUUUGCUUUGGCUUUUUUGGCUUUGGUCACAGCUGGUCCAUUGAAAGAUGAUCCUGCUGAAGUUACUGCUGCCAAAAUCUUCAUUAACGAAUGCAUCGAAAAGGUUUUGAUUGACGGACUCCCAGAAGCCAAUAUUCCAAGUCAUGAGCCCCUUGUAUUCCACAAUAAAAAAAUUGAAAUACCAAUCCCAGGAACGGUGGCACACCUUCAACUUAACAACAUGAUAUUGGAAGGCGUCCCAGAAUUCGAACUUAGAGAAGUCGUAUCUCACCCAGAAAACAACCGCAAUGGUGUUUUCUUCGAUUAUAACAUCUACUGGAAAUCCAUGGUUCUUAAGAGCGGAUACAAAGUUAAGUUAGGGUUUGUUACAGUCGGUAAAGGAGAACAAAGUAUGACCAUGAACCAUGUAACUUUCUCCGGUACCUGGAACAUGACCAAUGCCGAGGGCUUGAAACAAUCCCUGGAUGCUUUCACACUUAACGUUGAAACUAAAAGCGUUGAUGUGGUGGUUACCAAUACCCCCUUUGAUGCACUAUGGAAACAAGCGGGACCUGCAAUGAACAUGGUCAUGAACAGCCCAGCUGUCAGCCAAAUUUUGUCAAAAGGUCUCUUAGAAAAAUUCAACGUGGACUGGAUGCAAAAAGGAGAAAGAAUCGACGCCAUGUUGAACUACUGCUGGCCAAAACAUUAAGAAUAUUAAUAUGUAUAUUACCGAUAAUAUAUUAAUAAUAAACUAAGUGAUGAGUUGAAUUACA